CCUCUCCACACUCCCGCGCGGAUCACGGCGUGAAAUCGCGGCGCGAAUCGCGGUGCAAAACCCGAAAAGUGUUCUACAGUUCCACACUCGCAGAUGUUCGCGCCUGCUUCACAGUAUAGUUCGCGCUUGAGACGAGUAUGGACGGUGAAAUUCCUACUGCUGCUGCUGGGCUACUUUGCGCUUUGGCAAUUUAUAAUUACGCCGAUAUAAGUAAAAGGAAAACAAUUAAAAAGAAGUGGAGAAAACGAAGAUGGUGGAUCACCACCAUCUACCGAAAUAGAACCAUGUAAUUAAAAUCAAGAUAAUAAUGGUCGCACGCAGCUCAGUGUCUUAUAUUUACUGCCAUCGCAGAUACUAAAAAACAAGUAUUUCACUUUUAGCUGUAUAAAAUGACAGUUGUGAUGAAGGCUUGAAAAGUGCAAUAUUCUGCUCAUGCUGCACUCACUUAUCAUGUACUACAAGGGCUGAUACUCGAUAACUUGACCUCUACCUUAUUUUUAGUCUUUGCUUUUUGUUACAGUGCUGUUAUGGAGAAGCAAAUAGAUGAAUUAGUUGCUGAACCUUCCGGUGAAUUCAAAAAGUUUUCCCGGAUGUCGUUAAAUGAUUUUGAAUACUUACUAAAUCAAAUUUCAUCCCAAAUUUCAAAACAAGACACCCAAUUAAGAAAAGCUAUUCCUGCCCAGAUACGUCUUGCUAUAACAUUGCGAUACUUAGCCACAGGAGAAAAGCCUUCAUUUUUUGUUCAAAAUGUCACCACAAAUAAUAUCAGAAAUUAUUCCAGAAGUUUGUCUAGACCUAUGUCAGGCAUUGAAGGAUGAAAUAAGAAUACCGUCUUGUCCGGAAGAAUGGCUUUGUAUUGAGAAAGGAUUUGCAAGGAAGUUUCCUCGAGCAAUAGGAUCAAUAGAUGGCAAACAUAUUGUUCUCGACUGUCCGUUCAAUUCUGGCUCUGAAUACUAUAAUUAUAAAAGAACCUACAGUAUAGUAUUAUUGGCAUUAGUUGAUAGUCAGUACUUCAUAUUUGCUGACAUUGGCUGCCAAUGCAGAAUAAGUGACGGUGGAGUUUUCACCAAUACUUUGUUAUGGAACAAGAUAUGCACGAAUAGCUUAAAUUUACCACCGCCGCAUCCUUUGCCCGGUUCAAAUAUUGAUGUUCCCCACAUUUUUUUAGGAGAUGGAGCCUUUGCACUUUCAGAACACUUAAUGAAGCCCUAUCCUGGUCAGCACAACAUAGGAUCAGAAAAACGUGAAUUUAACAAGAGAUUAUCUUCAGCUCGAGUGGUGGUGGAAAAUACUUUUGGUAUGAUGACUGCCCGAUUUAAAGUGUUUAGAAAGCCGAUUCCAUUACAACCAGAAAAAGCUACCCUUAUAACAAUGACUUGUAUAUUACUACAUAAUUUCUUGAGACGAAGCUCCACUUCUUCGUGUAUCUAUACACCACCCGGAUUGGCUGAAAAUCUUAUGAAACCUUUCCCAGGCCUACAUACUAAAGGGUCUAUGAAACGAGUUUAUAACUAUCGCCUCUGUAGAGCACGUCGAGUGGUGGAAAAUGUAUUUGGCAUUUCUUCGGCAGUUUUCCGAGUGUUACGAAAGCCACUACUAUUGGAACCAGGAAAGGCCGAGCUAAUUGUAAUGACAAUAGCUUAUUUACACAAUUUUUUGAGAAGAAGUUGUAAUUCUUGUAAUGUCUAUACACAAGCUGGAGACGGAUAA